AAUCUAAUGAAAUUGUUAAAUGUCUUACACGACAAUAUCAACGUGCUAUGACUAGAUUGAUUACCUAUCGAUUUAUUGUACAAUUAAUUAUUUCGAAUAAAGAUAAUAAUCAAUGUUUGAAUAUUUUAUUUAUGAAUUUAAAAGAUAAUAAUUUAGAUUGGCAUUUUCUUGAAAAUAUUCAAGCGUCAAAUAAUCAAUUGAAAGAAGAUAUUGGACAUCUCUAUUAUAAAAUUAUUAAAAAUAUAUUAUCAAUUUCAAUAGAAUCUAAUAUGAAAACAUUAUGUGUAUUGAAUCUCAUCAAUUUAAACUAUAAUUCGAUGGAUUUAUGUCUUUUGAAUGAUUUUCAAUUUAUUCAAGAAUUAUUUAAUCCAUUUAUUAGCUUGACCAAAAUAGAUAUGACAAAUGUCGAUUUAAUCAAUAUGAAAUUUACAGUAUUCAAUUGGUUUCGUUUAGUUGUAUUAAAAUUAUGUGAAAAUAUUGAAUUAGAAGAAUUACGAAAUAUGCAUCUUGGUAAUCGAAAAUUUCAUCAUAUCUUACAACAACAAUGUAAUUUAAUUUUUAAUAAAUUAAUUUUAACUGAACUCAAACAAUUACAACAAAACAAAUUAACAUGCGGAGAUUUAUCAUUGAAAAAUACUUCUCUUCGUUCUUCUAUUCGAUCAUCAAAAUUCGAUGUUGAUAUUUGUAUUGAUCGAUAUUUAAUGCUUCUACUUCGUUGUAUUCAUUUAUAUGAUCAUAUUCGAUUGAAUUAUGCUACAAUGGAUUAUAUUGAACAACUGUUCAAUUUAUAUCAUACAAGUCAAUCUCUCAGUACUCGUCUAUUAACAUUAAGGAUUCUACGUGAUCUAUUGAUAUACUUAUCAGAAGAUACGAAUAGAUCUUUUAUUGAAGAUCUAUUAACAAAAAUUUUAUUUUCUAUUGGUCAAAAUUUUAAUUUAUUAGAAACUGAGAAAAUAGAUCUUGAUAUUAUUAUUGAAUUUAUCUAUAUCUAUCGUACGAUUAUAUCACAUUAUUCACCAUGGCAAAAGUUUGCAACGAAAUUAUUCGUCGAUGCAAUAAAAUCUGGUAUGAAUCUCAAUUUUACAUCAUUAGAAACGAUCGAAUUACAACAAAUGAAUUUCUUUCUUGCAUCAAUAUGUAUCUUAGGUGGUUAUGUUCGUCCGUAUUGUUUAGGAUCAACUGUAGAAAUCUAUUCAACUAAUACAGAUAUACAAGAAUUACAAUCUGCAAUUAUAAUUGAAGUUAAUAUGGAUGCUCU